CUUGCUCGCUGCCCCGUUUCUCAGCACCCUCUCUGUAAAAUUAGCGAAUACUGCAGCAAGAAGUGAGUGUGUGUAUGUGUAUAUGUGUGUGUGUGUGUCACGAUCAAGAGGAAAAGCGGGGAUUAAUAUUUAUAAAAACCUCUCAUCUGGCUGCUGACAGAGAUGGCAGCCAUUCGGAAGAAGCUGGUGAUUGUCGGGGAUGGAGCCUGCGGGAAAACUUGUCUCCUCAUUGUUUUCAGUAAAGACCAGUUUCCUGAAGUCUACGUCCCGACAGUGUUUGAGAACUACAUCGCUGAUAUCGAGGUUGAUGGAAAACAGGUGGAGUUGGCGCUGUGGGAUACUGCAGGCCAAGAGGACUACGACAGGUUGAGGCCUCUCUCCUACCCCGACACAGAUGUCAUCCUCAUGUGCUUCUCCAUCGACAGCCCAGACAGUUUAGAAAAUAUUCCUGAGAAGUGGACGCCUGAGGUGAAGCACUUCUGUCCCAAUGUUCCCAUCAUCCUGGUGGGGAACAAGAAGGACCUGAGGAACGAUGACCACACACGGAGAGAGCUGGCCAAGAUGAAGCAGGAGCCAGUGAAGGGGGAGGAAGGCAGAGACAUGGCCGGCAGGAUUAACGCUUUCGGCUACCUGGAAUGCUCCGCCAAGACCAAGGAUGGCGUGCGGGAAGUGUUCGAGAUGGCCACCAGGGCGGCGCUGCAGGUACGCAAGCGCAAGAAGAGAAGCGGCUGCACGCUGCUGUGAGCAGCCCGGGCACCAUGAAACCAACUGACCAACAGGAAAAUAAAAGAAACACAUGAAAAGGACUGACCUUUUACCAAAUGGCAUCUUUGUACUGUAUUUCUCAUUUCACGAUAACAGGCAGGCAGAGUGCAAACAAACCGAAUACAGGAAACGGACUUUGUCUAUAUUAAAAAAAACAUGGUUAGAAAUUGAUGUUUAAAGUUCCUUGCUGAUUUGCAUUUUUUUCCCCAAAAAAAUAUCUGUCUUUACACAUGUUUUUCUUCAUAUUUGUAAUGUAACCAGGCAGUGAUAGAUGCACAAAUUUGUAUGCAAUAUUGUUCUUCACAAGCUUGAGCGAGCCGCAUCUUUCUUAGCUUGCAUAAAGUCUUCAUGAGUAAAAGUCCAAACUGUCCUAUUAGCAUCACUUCUGUUCAUCCUGGUAGUCCUGAUCUUUUGACCAUAUAAGAGCUAGUGCCUUUUUAUUUCCUUUUUUUGUACACCACCGUUUAUUUUCUCAUGUAUGUCAGCUAUCAUUUCAGCUGAGGGGCUCUCCAUUGUACUGUAGUUGGUGUUGUCAUCAUGAAACCCGAGCAAAGCCAUAACUGAGGCUUUCAGUGCUGCACAACAAGUUAGUGCUUGUGUCACUUUUGAUAGCGUUCCCUCAACAUGGUGGAUGAAGAAAGUAGCUGCCUCGUGAAAAAAUGACAGUAAGACCUGAUUAUAGACAUGCAUCCUUUGUAACUAUCACCAGUCUGUGCAGUGGAGCUGGACGAGGGUGAGAACCAACCGGCCACGAGGCACAAGCCAGUAUGACUCAACUAUGCACAAUGGCUGUUAGGAUGAGACGACACAGAAAUGAAGGCCAAAGCCUGCUGAAACCUCCCUUGUUUGUUCAUUGCGGGUGAUUGAGUUCAGCUCUUCUUCUGCUACGUUUAAAGUGAGCCGGUCACGCCUGCUGUUGGAAUCCGCGUGUUGGACCGGUUCGCCCGGCCGUGGAAAUCAUGUCUUGUUUAGAAGCCCUUCACGUGUGGAUGUUUCCAGCCGGAUGACAUUCUUUACAUGUUUGAGAGGAGCUGUGUCUGUGUGAGCUUUUCCCCUGGUGCCUUCUCUGUUGUUGUGUGCCUUUUUGGUUGUUCUCUCCCCGACCAGAUAGACCAGCUGCUUCAUUGCAAAACUGAAACCGACUGACUCAAAAGGUCAAGAGUUUCACAAAGCUCGGUUCUCUAAAUGGCUUCAAACGUAGGCUCAGUUAAGCAAAAUGUGUCAUUCGCUUCCUAACCUUUUCUUCCCUUAAGAUAAAUAUUAACCUGCAGUCUCAUCUUUAUUAGCUUGGCACAGACAAGCUAGGUUGCACCAAUUCACGUCAUGUAUUUUGCGUCAAGAAUGAAUCAUGGGGAAAAUUACAUAACUUUUAUUACCGAUUUCUUCAACUUCAUUGGAAAAAUAUCCGUCUGCAGCCAGAAUCUGUCUUUGAUGUUUUUGGAGUUACUGCCAAGAUAAGAAAAGUUAAUACAACUGUAGAAAAAUGGAAACUGGGUUCAUUCCUCUCUCUUUUUUUUAAACCUUGAUCUAUGUUGGUGUUGAUCUACUAAGUAGAAAAAAAGCGAAAAGGAGCAGAACAUCACAAAGGGUCUGCAGUGAAUUGCAGCUUUUGGGGACACAUCAGAGACCGUCCACUGGUCCUCACAGAAUACUCAGACUGUUAACUUGACCUGAAAAUAUGACGGCUUCAUACAGUCAUGGAAAAAAUUAUUAGACCGACUUUUUUUUCUUCAAUAUCUUGUGCAUUUUAAUGCCUGGCACAACUAAAGGUACAUUUGUUUGGACAAAUAUAAUAACAAAAAGCUGAUAUCUAGCCUUUUUUCAUGAUUUUUUUGAUGAUCAAUCAUCAUCAAGUAAAGCAUGGAAAAUGGCUCGAUAUCAGCUCUUAAAUUAAAUUUUUAUGAGCUAUUUUUGUUAUUAUAAUUGUCCGAACAAAUGUACAUUUAGUUGUAUCAGGCAUUAAAAUAAAUAACAAAUUAAAGAAAAUAAUGGUCUCAUAUUUUUUUCCGUGACUGUAUAUAGGAUUGUUGAAAGGCCCAGCGGCUGCCUCGGGCGCAGACUCUUCAUGGCAUCCCGUCACUCUGUUGCUCAUUCAUGUACUGUAGACGUCCCUUGGCUGCAUGUUUCUGUCGCUGUUUGAACGAGGGUGGAUGUUGAGAUGUGAGAUCUUUAAUGUUGCAUGCAACCUUCUUACAAUGCCAGUAAAGGCGUCAAACCCAGCUGACAGGAUCAGCAUCUGUUUUAUUGUAAUGAAAUCUGAAAUGCAACUUAAUACCCUCUACUGGCCGAGCACGUGUGCUUUAGCUGGGGUAUCCAGUGGGGAAGCUAUAGUUGCAUUUUCCACAGCUCAACUGAGGCAUUAAUGGUUGUUUUUUUCAGGAGAGGGAACAUUGAUUACAAUCACACAUACACAAGCACCAUAUUAAUGUUACCUCAGAUCUUUCUAUGGUGGAUCCUGGACUUUGUGCACAACAAUAAGCACACCAACAAGUUGAAACGAUUCAGAUUUAUCAGUGGGGUCUUGGGUUAUGCAUUUGAUAGUUGUGGCAUCAUAUUCACGGGUCCCAACAGGCUUAACGCUGAGGAAUUCUUAGGAAUUAGCGGUCGGCGGAGAUGGUCUAAUGAUGAAAGCAUUCCCUGAGAGCAGCAGAGGGUUUAGUGUUGAACAUAUCACUGAGAGCAUGUACAAAAAAACUGCUGUUAAUGUGUAAACAGAUAACGUUGCGCUAUAUCAAAAGUUGUCCUUAUGAUGUUGAUGCAUGCAUGAGAAAAACUGUGGGUCUUUACAGUGAGCACACACACACACACACACACACACACAUAUACAUAUAUAAACAAGACACGCACACGUCUUUGGGAACAGCUUCUGCUCAGUGUUGUGUAACUUUUCUUUCUUUCUCUGAAGUAUUUGAAAUGAUAAAGGAUCCAGAUUUAUAUAAAAGCUCAUUGUAAUAAUGCUUUGUAAACAGAAAGUGAUGUAGUGAAUGUUUGAUCUGAAGUGAACAUGAACAUUGUUAAUAAACUAUUUUUGAGACAAGAACAA